CAGAAUUUAAGAUAGUGCAAUAGUGAUGGAAACGUUAAGUACUCAAAUGGAAACCUUUAGAACUUGUCAGCGUCCAUUGGCAUGCGGACAUUAUUGCGGGGGCAUACCUAAUGAAAAUUUUUGUGCACCAUGUAUGGUGAAAGGAUGUCAGGAUCAAAAUUACUAUGGAGAUGGUUACUGUAUAGUGUGCACUGAACCCUGGACAUCUAAACCUAUUAUACAGAUUGUUUGUGGACAUUUGUUCCAUUAUGACUGUAUCCGAAAAAUGUUAAUGAAUCGUUGGCAUGGAUCGAAGAUCACGUUUGGAUUUAUGCUAUGUCCUCUGUGUAAGAUUUCGAUAAGUCAUCCUGACCUUUGUGAAAUAAUGGCACCUUUGGUUCACCUGUAUGAAAAAAUAAAAACUAAAGCACUGACCCGUCUCCAGCAUGACGGAUUGUUCGAAACCGAAGACAUCACCCAGCCAUGUGGGAAAUAUUAUAAAGACCCGGUGGGGUUUGCAAUGGACAAAUAUGCAUACUACAUGUGUUCAAAAUGUAAACAGCCUUACUUUGGGGGAGAGGGACGUUGCCAGGACGAGGUAGAGGAGGCGGAUCCAAAAGAAUUGAUCUGUCCACUGUGUAGUGAUACCACCAAAAACAAGGUGUGUUCCCAGCAUGGAUUUGACUACCUACUACAUAAAUGCCGCUACUGCUGUUCGCCGGCCCUAUUUCAUUGUUUUGGUACCACUCAUUUCUGUGAUACUUGCCAUAAUAAUCAUACAGUUGUUUGCAACAAACCAAAGGAGAGCUUGCCAAAGUGUCCGGCAGGUCCUUGUGGCAAGCAGCUUUCAGGCUCCGAAUGUCCUCUGGGGAUAGAGCACCCUCCUACCGGAGAAGAAUUCGUCAUUGGCUGUGCCAUGUGCAUGAACUCUAACUCUUUUUAAGUAAUAUUAGUUACUGUCUCACUCUAUCUUAUUUAUGCAAAUAAAUUAUGUGAAAAUAGAUAUUAUUUUUAGAGUUUCAUUGGAGUAUGACAUGAAGUAAGUCACAUGAUCAAAUCCUGAAGGGCGUUAUAGUAGUUUUGAUCACGUACCGACUUCAUGUCAUAACCCAAUGAAACUAAAAAAUGAUAUUUUAUUUCUUAUAUUUAUA